UAUUUUGCUGUGUAGCAAUAUGGCGAUCGGCGAUUUUGUGUAGUCGCGAGCCGAUCCAACAAUAGUUGCUGGAUAUGCGUAUUGAGCGUGGAAUGUAUGAAUGCGGAACGUCCAAGACAAGUACAUGGUGUAUUUAUGAAAGCUAACGUUUAUCAGCACCUAAGAUGAGGGAAGGUGCAACAUUACAGUCUGCUGACCAUACAUAUUGCAGAAAUUCAAAUGAACUUUCUUUAAGCAAUAUCACUAUUGAGAAAACAGUCUCAGAUGGGAAGCUGAAAGAAGACACUUCUGGAAGGGGAGAAAUUCCAAAGAGCGGAAUAUUUUUGAAAGUGUAUAUAACAGAGAAUCUUGCAGGUCAAGGGAAUCAAGAAGAAAAACACAAGAGAACUGCAAAUGGGAUGAAUCAUCCCUACACAGAAGCAGUAUUUUCUUGGAAAAGAAUUCCUUCUCAGAUAUGCAGACUGUGUGCAUGUACAAAUGAACUACAUCCAAAACAGUCUAUUAUUGGUUGGUUGAGUUUGCUGAAUGAAAUACUACCUGGCAUGGUAUCAUUGAACGAUGGACUUCCUCAACACAUGUGCAGACCAUGUGUAAACAAGCUGUAUACAUGUAACAAAAUAAAGACAGAAUUUAUUGAAGCAGAUGAAAAACUUCAAGGAAUCAUGGGAUUUGUAAAGUCUGCAGGACUUACUACUGAAACUGACAACAGAAUUCAUAAGGAUCCAAGUGAUAAUGAAAUGUAUGGAGAUGGGGCUUUCACUUGUCAUCUCAGAUUUGAUAAAAUAAAGGAAUCUGAGUGUGCAUUUGAAGACAGUUGUAAUCUUGAGCACUACAGUGAAAUUCAUGAAAUAUCUUUAAAAAAUGAAUGUGGUUCAUAUAGUAUGUUACAAGGGUCAGUCGCUAAGCGAGAUGAUCAAGAGGUACAGAAAAACUUGUGUUUUAAUAAUAAGAGGUCCUCUGAAGCCUUGAAGCUUCGGAAGAAUAAAGUAAAAUUGAAAUAUUCAUGUGUUGAAUGUAAAGAAAUGUUCUCUUCAAAAAAGAAUUUGAGUGCACAUAAACGGGUACAUUCAAAACCAAAAAAUCUAAGCGAACUUGUAUGUAAAUACUGUGGCAGACAGUUCUUACAAAAACACAAAUUACUGGUCCAUCUUCGGUCCCAUACAAAUGAGAAGCCUUUCAUGUGUGAACAUUGUGGACAAGUUUUCCGAAUCAAGGAGAGUCUUAAGAAUCAUCGACUGAAACAUAACCCUCCCAGUUUUUCCUGCCUUGUUUGUAGUAAAAGGUUUUAUUGUCAGGCCAGUUUGGCUGUGCAUAAGAAGACUCAUCUUACAGACAGCAGACUAAUUUGUGACUUGUGUGGGAAAAUUCUUUCCUCCAAAUUUAUUUUGGAAUCUCACAUACGCUCUCACCAAGGAGAGAAACCAUAUCAGUGUACGGUUUGCGGCAGAUGUUAUUCAUCAGCAAAUGCACUUAGGUGUCACAAGUAUAGUCAUUCAGCUAAAACGUUUGCUUGUGAAAUAUGUGGAAAAAGCUUCAAAUACAAGAGGGCUGUAACAGAACACAUGAACUGCCACACUAAGCAGAAAACGUAUGAAUGUCCGAUUUGCUUGAAAGCUUUUGCAAAUAAAGGGAACAAGUGGAGGCAUCUGAAGGUAACGUGUAAAAACAUUCUUUGUGUUGUGUGUAAUCAGACUUUUCCAAAUAUUGGCAUGGUGGUGGAACAUAGAGCCAAGGUGCAUUCCCUGGAGGAGAUUGCAAAUGCUGCAGAAGAGUACAGAAUGGAACAAAUUCUACAUUGUGAAAUGUGCUUAGUGAGUGUAGCAGGGACAAAUAGUAUGCUGAAACAUAUGAAGACAGCACAUAAAACAUAUGAACUUUUUACAUGUGAACAGUGUAAUAGGUGCUUCUUAAAUGAGGAACUACUACUGAAACAUGAUACUCCUUGCAAGUUGAAGAAGGUGGUGUCAAAUUACUUGAAAGGUCCACGUGGACAUUGUAAAAUUUGUUCUGAGCCUAUAUCUGGAAUAGGAAACAUGAUGAAGCAUAUGAGACGGGUUCAUAAGGAAUAUAGGCCAUUCAUGUGUGAGCACUGCCCAAAAUCUUUCCUAACUAAACAGGAACUAGGACAACACAGUAGAAGUCAUAGUGAUCGUCGUCCAUUCUUGUGUUCUAUCUGCCAUGCCAAAUUCAAGUCUAAACAUUCUCUUCAAUGGCAUGAUAUUUCAUUUCAUCGAGAUGUGUUCCCUUUCUCAUGCCUUUCUUGUGAUCGUAAGUUCAAACGGCAGACAUCUUUGGUUAUACACAAGAGGACACACACGGGGGAGCGCCCUUAUCCUUGUUCUCUUUGUGAAAAGUCUUUUGCUAAUAAAAUUGACAUGCAAAGACAUACCAACACACGUUCCUGCAUAAAAAAGUAAUGACAAAGAAUAAUUAAAUAGACUGCACUUGUUACAAGUAAUUAUUUAGUAAAUCUAAGCAUAAGACAGUGUUUAUGAGUUACCUUUAUGGAGUUUUCUGUAUACUGUCUUCAACCCUCAUUUCUGACAAAAUCAGAUCCUUGUGAGUGAGGAGUUUCAUAGCGCAGCUGCUCAGAACAUGUUCAUGUGGUUUAAUUUUUCUGGCUCUUAACCUCUGUCGCUCUUGCAAUAAGGAGUAAAUUGAAUCCUGCUGGACAGGAAUUUCUUGACCACUAUCAAGCAAUCAUAGGCUGGAGUAAUCUUUUAGACCAGCAUUUCCCAAAAAGUAAGAGCAGCAGUCCCACAGGGAACUGUGAAACUUUUGCUGGGGGCUGCAAAAAUGAGUGCCAAUAACAAAGGUUUGGAAUUUAUUUUAAUCCAGGAAGGCCAUAUUCAGUAGUAAAAAUACGGUUUCAUUGAAAGUGGAAUUAACAGAUACUGUUAACGUUCAUUUAGUAUUUUUUUUUAAACCUCUGUAUCAUAUUUUAAGUCCUUUUGUAAGUUGGGCACUUCAAUUCACAUCAAGGGUGCCAUAGAUUGAAAGUUUGGGAACUACUCUUUCAGACCAUAACUGGCAUCCACAGAGACAGUAUGUGAACUGGGUGUUGCAACAGUGGGAACAUAAGAAAAUGUGUGAUGCCAACAGACAGACAUAUUAAUUAGUAAUGAAAGUGGGACUCAAGUACUACCUACAUAGAGUAUGCUUGAAUCAUUGUGAUGAUAUCGAAAGUAAAAUAGAGAUAAGAUUCAAUUUUAGGGUGCACAGAACCUCUUGUGGAAUAUGUCAGUUAAUGUACAAUUAUACACUUCAUACAAGUGCACAUAAAAUAACUUUAAUAACAUCCCUGAAGGCACAGCAACUAUAAUAGCAUCGUCAUAUAGUCAGAAGAAAAGUAAGUUAUAAUUUUAAGACUUGGAUAUAAUUCUAAAUGUACAUGUAAGCAGUCUCUUUUUAUGAGCCCCUGAAAAUGGUUCUAUAGGACAAAAAACAUGUAAGACAGUUGUAUUGAUUCAGCAUUUUAGUAAAAGUUUCUUACACUUGA